UUCUGUUAACUCACUAGGUGGAAUCCACAUGGUAUGCGAUUUCCUUAUUAUUCAACUAUAUUGCAGAAAAAUGGCUAGAGAACCUGACGAAGAAUUAAAAAAGGCUUUCUCGCAGUUGCACGAGAAAAUGCUCGACACCACCCAGAAAUUAAAAUUGGCAGACAUACAGAUCGAAAAAUUGAAAAGAUCCAAGCAGUUCGCCGAACUAACCAUAAAAGAAAUAACUUCUUAUCCGGAAAAGACCAAAACCUACGAAUCCGUCGGCAGAAUGUUCCUCUUGGAUGACAUGGAGAGCAUUAAAACUGGUCUAGAAAAACGUAUGAAGAAUUUUGACGAUAAAGUGAAGACUUUGGAGAAUAAUAAAACGUAUUUACAACAGAAUUUAAAAGAAUGUGAGAAUAAUAUCAGGGAAAUGAUUCAACAAAAACAGAACAAAGACACGUCUAGUUAAGGAGCGUGAAAUUUCACAUUGGCAAAAUUUCAUAUUUUAUUUUUUCAUCACUUCAUGUCAACUAUUU